CUUCAAGAAAUCUUUUCCUUCCUUUGAUUUUAUGACGUCAGUCUUAGAUGAAAAUGGCAAUGGAGAUGGCGGCUGGUAGAAAUUUGCGGAGUAAAUCCAGUAUAUUAUUAGGACUGACGAUCCUAGCCGGACAUUUGGUCUUAGCAAACUCUAUAACCUGCUACUGUGAGGGUCAUUGUCCAGAUGGCGUACAUAGUGGAACUUGUGAAUCGGAAGAUUACUGCUUUGCAUCGGUGGAAUUAUAUUACGACUAUCGAACUGGAUGGUCUACUCCUUUGUACACAUACGGCUGCCUACCACCGCAAGAGACAGGCUACAUGCAGUGCCAAAUGCACAUGGUGUCGCAUGCAAUCCCCAAAAACAUAUCAUGCUGCAACGAAGACAUGUGCAACAAAGGACUGAUCCCACCGCUCGAGACCAUAAUCUUGAAUCCAACACCCAGUUUUAUAUCUGAUCGAGAUAUCCUCAUCAUUUUGGGUAGUGUUGCAGUAAUAGGGGCGGCCCUUGUGGUUAUGUUUAUCUUAUGGAAAAUGGUCAGAGGAGUGGAUGAUGGGGGAUCAUACAAGAAAUCAAAGAUCUUCCUACGCUCGAACAGCAGAACAGCUUUCGAUGAACUUGUGGAUCCAAGUUCUGGAUCAGGGUCUGGUCUUCCGCUCUUGGUCCAACGCACAAUCGCGAAACAACUGCAAAUGGUGAGGGCUGUCGGGAAAGGACGCUACGGAGAUGUGUGGCUAGCCAAAUGGCGCGGUGAAAAGGUGGCAGUUAAGAUUUUCUUCACCACAGAAGAAGCCAGCUGGAUCAGGGAAACUGAGUUGUACCAAACGGUGAUGAUGCGACAUGAGAAUCUUCUAAGUUUCAUCGCCUCGGAUAUCAAGGGAAACGGCUCCUGGACUCAAAUGCUGCUUAUCACCGACUAUCACCCUCUAGGUUCUCUAUACGACUACCUCCUAACGAACGUUAUCAGCUCUGAAGCGGGCCUCGCACUGGCCCUCUCCGCCGUCAGCGGCCUCAACCACUUGCACACCGAAAUCUUCGGAACACGAGGAAAACCAGGCAUCGCGCAUCGAGACAUCAAAAGCAAAAAUAUUUUGGUCAAGAGGAAUGGCCAAUGCGUCAUCGCUGACUUUGGCCUUGCUGUUCGCUAUGAUAGGACAAACGAAAAAAUCGACAUCCCGGUAAACACACGAGUUGGAACAAAACGGUACAUGGCGCCUGAAUGCCUGAACGAAACAAUCAACCUGCAAGUCUUUGAGUCCUUCAAAAUGGCUGACAUGUACUCAUUCGGCUUGGUCCUGUGGGAAAUCGCGCGUCGGUGCUACACCGGCAACAAGAUGAUGCACGUAGAUGACUUUCAAGUGCCUUACUACGACUGCGUGACAACUGACCCCUCUUUCGAGGACAUGAACGAAGUUGUCAACGUGAAAUGCAUUAGGCCAGAGUUGUCCGAGAGAUGGGAGACCGAUGAAGUCCUGCGUUGCUUUUCCAAGUUGAUGCAAGAAUGCUGGCACCAAAGCCCGGCAGUAAGAUUAACCGCCCUGAGAGUUAAGAAGACUCUUCGAAAAUUCGAACCGGAGUGGAGUAUGGCGGACAGCAGCUACAAGAUCGAUAUGGUUUAGUGCAGUUAAUUCUAUGACACUUGACGUGCAUAACGACAAUCAAAAUUAACUUUUAACUGCAGGCAAUGUGUCCCGAGAGACAUGGGAUUUAAGAAAAUAGCGAACAAUGAAAGGGACAGAGCGUAAUUACUGUUGUGGAUACACCGCAAUAUAGUGAUAUGGAAAAUGACACGAUUUGCCCUUCUUGUGUGCAGCGAAUAUUGCCGUUGGCAAAGCAAUGUGGCAGCCUUUACACCAACUUGAUUGUGAGGUAGUGAAUUUGCCUAUUAAACUCAUCGCUAAUGCGGUUUUCGUAGCUUAAUUUGAAUGGGUGCCAUCAUUUAGUUCAAGCGGAAAGUGUCCUAGCUUGUAGAAAAUUAUCAAGCAAAUCUCUUUGGCUCCAAUUUCGGAGAGUUCAGUUGAAAGUAAUUUUUUAUUUUGGUUACAAUAAGGACAUUUCAUGGCACCAUUUUUACACAUCAACAUUCAUACAGUACCAACUCAUUUGCGGUUAUGCUGCUUGUAAAUUUCACCAGUGUGCUUAAUUGUUCUAAAGUACAAACAAGAAUGUAAAUAUUCAUGUUUCAGAGGGUUGCAGAGAUCCAAAUGAAAAUAUUCAUGUGCCCCCUAGCUUCACCUUUACAGCAAAUUAGAACGCACUUCACAUUACUUGCCGCGAGUCAUGAGCAUUCCUUGAGUGUAACGGGCUACAAUUUGCAAUGGUUUGUCGUGAGAUACAUAAAACAAGACUGAAUGCAGGAUAUAGAUAAAACCCACUGUUAAAAAUACAUAUAAAUAAUGUACUAAACUGUAUUAGUCGUAAUUGUGAACCACAAUAAUCGGAACGUUGUAUCAGUAACCCAAUAAUUGCGUAGCUAUAAGAUGACUACGAUUGUUCCACAAGCUUUUUGGUUGGCAAUCUUCUGAUUUGACUCUGUUAUGUGAUGUCCAUUUUCUUCCAUUACAUAUUGUAUUUUCCUUUUGCUCAUUUAGUGCCAUCUUUUUGUAGGGUUUGAUUUUAACUGUGCCACCAAUUGCUCUUUUACAAUAUCUUGAUGCCAUCCUUUAUGUUGAGAAUUUGUAUUUUUACAAAAUGCAGGAAGUAGGAACCACGGUAUCGCAACAGAUCAUAUUAUUUCUUGAGAAGCAACAAAUUUUUAUUUAAUUUGUUGUCUCAUAAAUUCUAGAAUAGCAGCGAGUGAAAUGCAAUUACAGAGAUUGUAUAAUGUCAACUAGAUUUGUAUACCCUGAUACAUACUAACUAGUACUACAUUUUAUUAUCAAUAAAUUUGUCACGAUGCUAAUGAAAAA